AUGUGUGUUGCUUUUGAAAUUGAGGAUCAUCACUUCUACCUGGUUGCUCAACAAAUUGGAUUUGGUAUCACACUUAUCAUAUCAACAAUCACCAUAUACUUGGUGCUUGAACACUCAUCUAUACCAAUGAAAGGAUAUAAGAACAUCCUAUUGUUUCAUCUUAGUUGUUUUCUCAUCCAUGACUUCGUAAUGGGUGUAGCCAGCUCAGGUCGGACUUUCUCGGAAGUUUCUGGGUUCCGACAAAUGGGAUUACUAGCUCACAUUGGCUUCCCCAUUAGAUACACUUUGUUAAUUGGUGGUUGUCUUACAACAGAGGUUAUUGGAAUCUAUAUCGACAUGUUCGUCUACAGAACUCAAGUUAUUCUUCCCAAGAAUCAUACAUUUGCUCUUGGUGAAAAGCAACAGAUAGUUGUUAGAUUUGGUUUUUAUAUGUUUUGGAUCUCUGGCCUGAUAUUCACGACUGUCUGCUUUUCUGAUGACUCCACUGAUAUUUAUAACCAAUUGAAGGAAAGCGAUAUUUGUGUUUCUGAUUAUCAUUAUCUGUUAUUCACCGAAAACGCCAUAGUAGUUCUGAAUAGUCGAAGGUGGAUAAUGUUGAUUCUAUUGGUGCUGGGCGUUGGAACAACAAUUCCUUCUCUCAUGAUGAUACUUCCUUCUAUCGUACUUCUGUACAGUCCUUCUUUGUCUGUCAACAAGGUUUGCUUUCUUUUUUAUGCUCAACAUGGUAAUAUGAACUCGGUUGUUCUUGUUCUGGCUCAUGGAGACUAUCGUCGAGCAUUUGUGAGGAGUGUCCAAAAUGUUUGCGGGAAUGUGGUCAAUAGCAUCUAUACGGUUAACAGAAAUGGAAUGAAAAUGCCAUUCCUCAGCUGCAAAGGCAUUAUCAGUCCUCAAAAUAACACGUCAACAACUUGA